CUGCUUAACAAUCUCUGUUCCAUCUGGGUAGGAGGCGGCACCAAAAGACCAAAUGCAAUGGAUGUGUUCAAUUUCACAUACUGGAAUGCCUCUGAAGGCAAUGAGACCGAAGUUGUGGAAGAAAGCAAAAGCGCCUACAAGACUGUGGAGGUGGUGUUCAUUGUGUUGGUGGCUGGUUCCCUCAGUUUGGUCACAGUUAUUGGCAAUAUCCUGGUCAUGCUCUCCAUCAAAGUUAACAGGAACCUACAGACUGUCAACAACUAUUUUUUAUUCAGUCUUGCAUGUGCUGACCUGAUCAUCGGACUGUGUUCUAUGAACUUGUACACAGUUUACAUAGUGAUAGGCUACUGGCCCCUGGGGCCGGUGGUGUGUGACUUGUGGUUGGCUUUGGACUAUGUUGUUAGCAACGCAUCUGUCAUGAAUCUUCUCAUCAUAAGCUUUGACAGAUAUUUCUGUGUCACCAAGCCCCUCAGCUACCCUGUAAAAAGGACCACCAAAAUGGCAGGGAUGAUGAUUGCAGCUGCUUGGGUCCUUUCUUUUAUCCUCUGGGCACCAGCCAUUCUCUUCUGGCAGUUCAUUGUUGGUGGGCGGACAGUGCCUGAGAAGCAGUGCUACAUCCAGUUCUUUUCCAAUGCUGCCGUCACUUUUGGCACAGCCAUUGCCGCCUUUUAUCUGCCCGUCAUCAUCAUGAUCCAGCUAUACUGGCAGAUAUCCAGGGCAAGCAAGAGCCGUGUGAAGAAGGAUACCCGCAAACCGUCGGGAGCCAACCCUGAAGCUCUGUCCCCCGUCCAGAGGAGAAACAGCACACCCAAACCCAACAAUAACAACGUGCCGGGGGAGGACGCGGGACACUCCCGGAACCAGACGGCCGAAGAUGGGGCGAACCAGCACGAGGGGAAGUUACAAAAUGGCAAAGGCCCCUCCCCCACCACCGCUGAUGGAGAGACCGAAGGCGAUGACGGGGCGAGGGAGAACUGUGCCCCUGGAGAGGAGAAGGAGAGCUCCAAUGACUCAACGUCUGGCAGCGCGGCCGCUUCCAAUCAAAAGGAGGAGGAGCCAGUACCCUCCGCAGCCAACUCCAGCGCCGAGGCAGGCCAGCAGGUGCCACGUCAGCGAGCCAAGGCCGGGGCCUCCAAACUGACCUGCAUCAAGAUCAAGACUAAGUCACCUAAGGGUGACUACUACACACCAUCGAAUGCCACCGUUGAGAUCGUUCCAACCUCGGAACGGCAAAAUCAUGUAGCUAGGAAGAUUGUGAAGAUGACUAAACAGCCUCCAACCAAGAAGAAAAAAGGGGCACCAUCACGGGAAAAAAAGGUUACCCGUACCAUAAUGGCCAUCCUGGUAGCUUUUGUGGCCACCUGGACUCCAUAUAAUGUGAUGGUGCUCAUUAACACCUUUUGCUCCAGCUGCAUCCCCAAUACAGUAUGGACUAUUGGUUAUUGGUUAUGUUAUAUCAAUAGCACCAUCAAUCCAGCCUGCUACGCCCUGUGCAACGUCACGUUUAAAAAGACUUUCAAACAUCUUCUCCUCUGCCAGUAUAAGAAUAUACGGUCAGCCAGAUAA